UGUUCUCAACAAGUUGAGAAACCCGCGUGGUGAGUAGCGAAUAGCGAUAAGCGGCUGGCGUUACCGAGAGGCCGAGAGGGAGAACUCAUCGCACCAGUUGCUAACUACAACACCCUCUCGAUUUUGUCGGUCGCCGGAGAAGCAAUGGCGGUUCCAGGUAGGCGCAAUGGGAUGAAUGACGACGACGACAACGAAGAGGGUCUCUUUGAGGAAGAAGGUCUAUUGGAGCCAGAGGCCGACACCCCGCCUCACCUUCGCUCCCUCGCCGAAGCAGCCCAGCUCGGAAACGUUGAUGCACUCAGCCGGGCUCUUGAUAACUUCAGUGGAAGCAUUGAUGAACCCGUGGAAGAUGGAGACACUGCCCUCCAUUUAACCUGCCUUUAUGGUUACCUGCCUUGUGUCCAGCUACUGCUGGAAAGGGGAGCUAGUAUGGAAGCCAAGGAUGAGGAUGGAGCAAUUCCUCUUCAUGAUGCUUGUGCAGGGGGAUUUAUUGAAAUUGUCCAACUUUUAAUUAGCAGUGCUAACAACCCAGACUCUGUGAAAAGAAUGCUAGACACAGUUGAUGUGGAAGGAGACACUCCUCUUCAUCAUGCGGCAAGAGGUGAACAUGCAAAUGUUAUACGCUUGUUGUUGACUUUUGGGGCUUCUCCUACAAAAGCAAACAUCUAUGGCAAGAUUCCAAGUGAACUUGCUGAUCCGGAGACAGAGGCAAGGAGAAUUUUGGAGACUGCUGCAAAUGCAGUGGCAUGCUGAUGGGAUGAGAUGUGCAUCCUAGGAAUAUUUAAUCAGAUUGUGACCUAUAUUACUUUCUGUUGGCCACUUGGCCCCUACCCCUAGAGGGUACAAUUAUAGAGAAACCUUUAUUCCAACGGCUUGUUAACUGUUAAGCAUUGUUACAGGAAGAGAACAACCGAUUUGUUUAUGAAUGGCAUUAAAAGUUCUGAAUUGAUGGAUAUGUCUAGAGGCAUUACAUUCACCACCAUAUCUUAGCACGAGUGGCAAGGAGCUUAUGUUAACUCAAGUCAACCAGGAUUGCGGUGGUAUAGCGUAAAAUCUAACAAGCUCUAUAAGUUUUUUCCUUCAUCUAUAUGUGUUUGAAUGUAGCUGAACACCAUGUGCAAGGAGAUCAGUUUCUUCAUCAAGGGAAGAGAAUUAUUUAUACAACACUUGUCACUUAUUCA